UGCUCCUCUCCAUCACCUGCACCUCUAGACCGGGGCCUACGUUUCAUCGGCCCAGCCCUGCAACUGCUCGCUAGCCCAUCUCAACUUGCGCAGCAAAGGGCUCUGGCGUGGCAUCAUGGCGGGAAUUAUGACGGAGAAGCUCCCGCACGAGCUCCGCGCUCUCUUCGCGCCGCGCCCCCCGUUGCGAUGGGUCGAGGCCGUCGACAAGCGGCCCGAGCAGCGACGGACGCGCCACAUCGACGGUGUCGGGGCUUUCCUCUCAGAACUGAAGGAGUACAAUGCCAACGAAAUCUCGGAGCCGACCGAGAGCUGGCUUGAGCGUCGCGAUCGCAAGAAGCAGGACAAGAAGGAGUCGCUCAAGCAGCUGUCUACCUUGGGUCCGAAAAAAUUCAAACCAGAAGACGACCCCAACAUCCGCGGCAACGCCUUGUCGACAAUGGUGGUCGCUCGCCUUAGCUAUGAGGCCGAUGAGCGCGACCUCGAGCGGCACUUUGGACGCUUCGGACCUAUCGAACGCAUCCGGCUCAUCACCGAUACUCAUGCUCACGAGAAGCCCGGCAAGAAGAAGAAGCCUCACAGAGGUUAUGCCUUUGUCGUGUUUGAGCGCGAAAAGGACAUGCAAGCUGCGGUGAGAGCUUGCGACGGUGAUCGAAUCAAGGGCAGACCGGUCAAGCUCGACGUUGAGCGUGGCCGCACAGUUGUCGGGUGGACGCCACGAAGGCUGGGCGGUGGUCUUGGCGGCCGCAAUUAUACCAAGGCCGUGCCUUUCCAGCCCAUGGGCCCCCGUGGCGGCUUCAGGGAUGGCUUCAGAGGAGGCUUCCGUGGCGGCUUUGACGGCGGCCGGGGUCGUGGCGGCGGUCGUGGUGGACGGGGCGGUUUCCGUGGUGGCUUUGACGGUCCGCGGGGAGGGGACCGCAACGGCUUCGGGCCGCCAUCGGGUGCCCCGUCGGGUCCGGGCUUUGACAGACGCAAUGGCGAUCGCGGCUUCUCCGGACCAGGCUACGAUCGCGGCCCUCGCUUCGACGACCGGCCCGAGCGACCCGGAGGCUUUGGCGGCGGACGAUUCGGCGACCGUGACCCUAGCCGUAGGACCGGCAGCAACACGGAGCCGAUUGGUCGCCGAGACGGUGGGUAUCGCGACCGAGACCGUGACCGCGAUCGUGACCGCGAUCGUGAUCGCGACUAUGGCAGAGACAGGGACAGAGAUCGUGACAGGGACCGUGGCCGCGACCGCCGCGACUAUGACCGGCCGCCACGGGAUGACGACAACCGCAAGCGAGCAUACGAGGGAGGCGGCUAUGACGACUCUCGGAAAAUGCCGCGCUACUGAGAGACCAGAACGAACGACGACGCAUAGGCGUGAGCUUUCGCAGGAUAUGCCGCCAGUGGCUUGCCUUUGUGUCCUUUUCGGCCGGCUACAAGGGUAAGAACAGUACGCCCGAGUAUGUCGCGACGCAUUUCGCAAUUGGAGACGCAGGCAUGUGCGCCUGCCUCCUUCAUACUUCGGGAUUUUCAAAGCGUGUCACGACGAUCGAAGUUGACGGGCCAUUGUGUAUCCCGUCUCAUCUUAUCAGAGACGAUUGCUAGACUCUCAGCAGAUUCGUUGGAGUCCAAAGAAAAGGGAGUAUACGGGCGGUAAUUUUCUGCGUCUUGUCGUUUUUCAUGCGUGUACUUUUGCAGGGUAGGUAGAGAGGUCAACUCGGAUGGACCGUAUUGGAACCAUGAAACAACGCGUAUCUCAGGUAAGGUCAGAGGUAAGGCACCCUUGUCUCACGGACCAAAGCAAAGAGCGCGUUUCGAGCGAUGCAUGAUGUAAGUGGUAUGGGACAACGGUGAGUAUAUGCGUGUGCUCCCGCGAUGGACGCCAUAGCCACGACGGAACGGGGCGGAGUGUACAAUACGUAGGAGUCGUAUCUACAGGGAGUCCAGUAGAUGGUGUGUAAUAUGCUAGGUAUUAUCAUCAUCUGUUGAGGCGGCGCUCGAGAAAACAUGACUGUGAGCGCGCCAGUGUGUGUAUAUCCCAUGACCUUAGAACGCCGAG